CCAAACCAAUACAGUAGUAUAUAGAUACGGCACAUCACAAAACUCACUCUCCACCUCCCUCCUUCAAAAAUACGGCACAUCAAAUCAAAAUCCGAAUUAAGUACGUUUUGGAUUACCGACUAUCCUCGAUCAGUCCUCAGAAUCCCAAAUCCCACCAUUGUUGGAAUUGACCCAGCAACUGUUCAAAAGGUUGCUUACACGAUCCCCUUCCUCUGGCCUUGAAUCUAUCAAUAACUCUACUUUUUACUCCAAAUGUACUAAUUCAAUACUCAUACCUUUUCCCGCAGAAAAGGUAUGCCUUUACUAUGCCUUCUUCCUUUCUUUCUACAUUUACUAAUUUCUAUGCCCACCGCUUCAUCACCGACCCUCUCUAAAGAUAAAAAAAAAAGUUGAAGAAGGCUGAUUGUUGACUUUCUGGUAAACUGGUGAAGUGUGUUUGAUUUUAAUAUAAAGGUGAUAGAUUCCGCAGUUGUUUCAUCAUUUCUCUCUAAUGGCUGAGCAGACUGACGCUGUUCCAGGUAGCAUACUUAGCACUGAAGCAAGCAAAAGCGGUGAAGAAAAAUCACCAGAUCACUCUGCCGGAAAGCUUCGUGGCACGAAGAAAGUUCCUCACUAUCUGAGAGCAUCUACUGGUUCCUGCCAUGACUCCUGCAAGCAUGGGACUAGCCACAAAUUUAAAGAUACGCCAACUCGUCCUGUAAGGAGGAAAAUACUUCCACAUGGAAAAAAUACUGUAGAUAUUCAAAUAUAUGUUGAUAAAAAAGUUAAAAAAGCACUUCAGGCUGACAACCUUGAGCUUCCAUCAGCCGAUGAAACUUCUGCUGCUAAAAAAUCUUUUCCAUCAUCUAGGAAAUCCUCUCUCCAUGAUUCGUCAAAACUAAUUAAGCAAGAACCUGGAUCAAAGCUGGUUAAGAAGGUAGUCCAAUCCCCUGGAAAGUCAUCUUUGUCUGAUACCUUGAAAAUCUCAAAGCAAGAUGUUGUUUCAUCAAAAAAGCGAGUACCUUUAUGUCCCAAGGAGCGGAAUGCUUCUGAGGGUCCUUUGAAACCCAACAGUCGGGGUAAGAAGCCAUCAUCUUUAUCCAGUACCAUAAAAAUAUCAAAUCCAGAAGUUACACCAGCUGCCAUAAAGAGUGUUUCAUCAAAACGGACUGCUAUAAAUUCUAAGGGAAAGAUUGAUUCUGAAGUUCCUCUGAAGCCAAGCGGCAGGUGUGAGAAGAGAUCAUCUUCUUUAGGUUCGUUAACAAGAUUAAGUAAGACUAAUGUUGGUGAUAAUCCAAGAACCUCUAGGCCUGCUGUCAUGAAGACUGCCACAUUGUCUCCAAGGACUUCGAAAGUGGAGGUGAAUAAGCUUAAGGAUCAAAAGCUGAGAAGCCAAGCUUUUGUCAAGAAUCAGAUAAUAGCUAACAAAGCUAAACCAGUGUUGCCUAACAAUGACAAGGUUGAGGAGAAAACAUUGCAUAUGAUUGAAACAAAGGAGGAUUACUUAUCAACUGCCCCAAAUGCAGGCAUCUUGGAUCAAUCUCCUUGGUCGCCAGAGUCACUCAAUUCAUCCUCCCAAACAAAUUCUCUCUCUUUAACUUCUCAUGGGCGGGAUUCAGGGUACACGGACAGUGAGGCUGAGGGUUCAGUCUCCAACUACAGUAGUUCGGGUGAUUCAAAAGCAGCUGAUAGCUUAAACAAGGGAAAAGAAUUGACCCAUGUUUCUGAGGGUCGGGAUCCUGCCUCUUUGAAGAUGAAAUUCAAAAAGGGAAAAAUGGUUGAACAUCAAUCUGAAACCAACACUUCGAGAAGGCUACGAUUCAGGAAAGGCAGGACCUUGGUUGAUAGCCAAGACACUAAUAGUGGGGCCCAUCUAAAAACAUACAAGAAGAGGGCUUCAGAGAAUAACAAAAAGGAGGCAGAAACUGGUUUGGUGAAGGUUUUUUUGAAGCACCAAGAAACGGAGACCAAGAAAGAAGAGCAAGUUUCGUUGAAUAAUGUGAUAGAAGAAACUGCGAGUAAGCUUGUGGAGAAGCGGAAGAGUAGAGUAAAGGCUUUGGUGGGCGCAUUUGAAUCGGUUAUAUCUCUGCAGGAACGGAAACCAUCUGCUGCUGAUAGAUAGCCACCUUUGACCUUGUCUUAUUAACUUUGUUUUGCCGAGAGCCUAGUUGAUGCGAGUAAACUAACAACUCUUUCAACGUGAGGUUGCAAGCCUCUAUACUAUAAGCUUUGAUAGGUUGAAGAUAAUGUUUAACUUUUUAAAUUUGGUCCUGGGUUUAGUUUGGAUGUGUCGACUACUGCUAGUCUUGCUAGGAAUGAAAACUGUAAAUGAACUGAUUCUCACAUAAAUAAUAUGGUAUGUUUGGUGA